UUUGACAGAGCUGCGGGAAGCGAUGACGUAUCGGUGAAAAUCAUUCACUGCGGCAUCUGCUACGCCGACGUGGUGUAUACCCGCAACAAGAUAAAGAACUCCGUGUAUCCUUUGGUUCCCGGACAUGAGAUCGUGGGGAUUGUACAAGAAGUGGGUGGCAACGUUGGCAAGUUCAAGAUCGGAGACCAUGUGGGCGUCGGAACCUAUCUCGACUCGUGUAGAGCUUGCGAGAAUUGCGAGGAUGCGCAAGAAAUUUAUUGCUUAAGGGGAGUCACGAUGACAAUCAAUGGCACUUAUGAGGAUGGUUCGAUUACGCAAGGAGGAUAUUCUAGUUUCAUAGUCGUCCACGAGAGGUAUUGCUACAAAAUACCUGAAAAGUAUCCACUUGCUCUAGCAGCACCUUUGUUGUGUGCCGGAAUCACGGUCUACACUCCAAUGAUUCACCACAAGAUGAAUGAACCGGGAAAAUCAAUAGGAGUAAUCGGAUUUGGUGGGCUUGGUCAUCUGGCCGUGAAGUUCGCUAAGGCCUUUGGAUUGACUGUAACUAUUUUCAGCACAAGCAUCUCCAAGAAAGAUGAUGCCUUGAAUCUGCUAAAAGCAGACAAUUUUGUGAUCUCAUCUGACAAGGAUCAAAUGGCUUUGUCGAAAACUCUGGACUUCAUAGUCGACACAGCAUCUGGAGACAACCCAUUUGAUCUAUACCUACCAUUGCUUAAGACAGGAGGAGUCUUAGCUUUGGUUGGCUAUCCGGGCAUGAGGACGGUUUCUGGAAGUUCAGUCGGCGGUACAAAGCGAACCCAACAGAUGCUUGAAUUCUGCGGCCAGCACGAGAUAUAUCCUGAUGUCGAAGUCAUUCCCAUUCAAUAUGCGAAUGAAGCUCUUGAAAGACUUCAAAAGGGCGAUGUGAAGUACCGCUUUGUUAUAGACAUCGAGAACUCAUUAGAGUGA